AUGGAGAGGUCCCAGCAUAUGCUGUUCUUUGGCACCCGAGCCCGCCUGUUUAAGAUUGCCAGGUUCCAGGACCCAGUCGUGAAGCGCAUGCUGAGUAAGCUGCAGAACAUAGACAAGGCGGCCCUGCCCAAGGACGAGCUCCGGGAGUACAACAAGAUUCUGGCCUACAUGGAGACGACGUACAGCAUGGCCCAGGUGUGCCUGAAUGAGGGUCCCUGCCUGCCCCUGGAGCCUGACCUCGAGGAAGUCAUGGCCACAUCCCGGGACCAAAAGGAGCUCCUGUGGGCCUGGCAGGGCUGGCGGGAUGCUGUGGGUCGCCAGCUCCGCAUCACCUUCGAGCGCUAUGUGCAGCUCAGCAACAAGGCUGCGAAGCUCAAUGGUUACGUAGACAUGGGGGCCUUGUGGCGGUCCAAGUAUGAGUCUGACACACUGGAGCAAGACCUGGAGCAGCUCUACCGGGAGCUGCAGCCGCUCUACCUGAACCUGCACGCCUACGUGCGCCGGGCCCUGCACCGCCACUACGGGCCCGAGUUCAUCGACCUAAGGGGGCCCAUCCCUGCCCACCUCCUGGGGAACAUGUGGGCUCAGUCCUGGGUCAACAUCUUAGACCUGGUCCUGCCCUUCCCAAAGAAGCCCCCUGAGGACAUCACGAAGAUCAUGAGAGGACAGCACUGGAAGCCUAAGAAAAUGUUCAUAGAGGCUGAAAGAUUCUACACCUCCCUGGGGCUGCUUCCGACCCCUCCCGAGUUCUGGAAAAAUUCCAUGAUGGAAAGGCCAACCGACGGGAGGGAGUUGGAGUGCCAUGCCUCUGCCUGGGACUUCUACAACAGCAAAGACUUCAGGAUAAAGAAGUGCACCGAGGUGACCAUAGAAGAUCUGCUCUCCAUCUUCCACCAGAUGGGCCAUAUCCAGUACUUCCUGCAGUACAGGAACCUCUCCGUGAUCUUCCGUGCAGGCGCCAACCCAGCCUUUGAAGAGGCCGUGGGGUCGGUGAUCACCCUCUCAGUCUUCUCCCACAAGCACCUGCUCAACAGAGGCCUGGUCAGCCACCAGCACCAGGACUCCGAGGAGGAGGUCAACUUCCUGAUGGGCAUUGCCCUGGACAAGAUCGCCUUCAUUCCCUUUGCCUACCUGAUGGACCUGUUUCGCUGGAAGGUCUUUGAUGGCACCAUCCAGAAGGACGUCUACAACCAGGAGUGGUGGAACCUCAGGUUGAAGUACCAGGGCCUGUGCCCCCCUGUGCCUCGGACAGAGGAAGACUUUGAUCCGGGUGCCAAGUUCCACAUCUCGGCCAGCGUGCCCUACAUACGGUACUUCCUCAGCCUAGUGCUCCAGUUCCAGCUCCACGAAGCACUGUGCAAGGCCUCAGGCCACAUGGGUCCGCUGCACCGUUGUGACAUCUAUAACUCUAAGAUGGCUGGGAAGCUCCUGGAGGAUGUCCUAAAGCUGGGCUCGAGCAAGCCCUGGCCAGAGGUCCUGGAGAAGAUAACUGGGCAGACUGAGGUGUCUGCAAAGGCCCUCAUGACCUACUUCAAGCCUUUGCUGAACUGGCUGGUCACCGAGAAUGUGCGGCAGGGGGAGAUCCUGGGCUGGCCAGACUUCAGCUGUUACUUUGAAGAAAAAUACACAGACAAGGUGACAUUCCUGAGUCUGGAGCUGGACCCUAACCAGGCCAACUUUGGGCAGUGGGUGUUGCUGGCCCUGAGCUUUGUCAUGUUCCUGGUGGCCCUACUGCUGGCUUGCAGGCUGCACUCCCUGGAAAAAAGGUCACUGGCCCAGGAUACCAGUAUACAGGACACCAAUUUACAGGACACUAACACACUCAAGACACCAACCAACACCUACUUCCUAGGCAUAGCCAUGGAGCCCCGCCAGGCUGUCAAAAGACAGUGGAUCCUGCUGGGCCUCUGCCUCAUCCUGAUGCUGUGCUCAAUCAGCCUGACCAUUUGGAUUUUCACACAGCACAACAGGAAGCCUCCGUGGAUGAAAGCUGAAUGGUGGAGCUGGGACUAGACACCAGUGUGACUGCCAGCCUGCCCUCCCAAACACAGGGGCAGCCAGGACAACUCUGCCCCCGCCAGGAGGCCACACUUGCAGCCCUCCCAUCCCCUAGCCACAGUGGCCAGUGAGGCCCCCAUCAGGCAUUGUGGCUCUGCAUGGCAAAGGCACACCCCACCCAGGACUCCAAGCCUCUCACCUGAACUCCAGCAAAACCCCCUCAAGCCUCCUUGG